AUGGACUCUCCUUCUGCCAGCAUUGAGCUGGUCCAACACUCUCACACAGGCUGGACACGUCUGCCUGACUUCUGCACUGACGUCACCGCACAUAGAAUCCGAGUCCUCGCCCUUGCCUCUUCGGCAGUUUCCGUUAGCUCUCGGGAGAACCCCCACCCGCCUCCCCAUGUGCGUCACGCCCAGCCCCGCCCAUCCCUUUCCCCCCUCUGCAGGCAGGUUUGUCUCCGCAUCCUCUGGAAAGGGCCCCGGGCCGCACUGCGCAUGUCCGGCCGCCAUCUUGGGUUUUUGCCCACUCCCACCAUUGGCUUCUCCCCUCCCCCCUGGAGAGCUGCUUCCCCGGCUCACGGCCUCUCUCCUCCAAUACCGUGUGAGAUUAAAGAGCCGGAGGGAGGGACCGGCCGUGUAACAGGGAGCCGGAGCCCAGACUCGCAGCGGAGAGAGAAGAAAGGCAGAGUCACGGGGGAAGACCGAGCGAGGCCAGCCCGUGUGUACCGAGCCCUCACUGCCGCUGGCCGCCGGGAGGAUGGGGCCGCCGCCGGGCCCCGGGCACCAUGCCUGUUAAUGAGUGCCCCCGGUAUCCUCGCUGCUUCCUGUGCCCGCUGA